AUGGCUUCUUCCUUACCGAAUCUUUGCCUUCGAAAAAUAUUUGAAUGUAUCGAGGAGAAUGAGGAAGAUAAACCUUCUUUACACUCGUGUCUUUUGGUUAACCGACAUUGGUGCCAGGAAGUUGUGCCAAUCUUGUGGAGAAGUCCCAAUGCAUACAUGUCUAAACAGUUAGUUGAAGUAUAUAUAGCUUGCUUAAGUGACGAAGAAAAACAAAUACUUAAUGAUAAUGGUCUAAAUCUUCCACCUUCAACUGAGAUACCUCCAACAUUCGAUUAUUCUAAAUACCGGCGUGUUCUCCACAUUGGAGGAUUAUAUCACCACCUGUGGUGGUGGUGUAACCUUCGUAGAGACGAAUGCAUUGGAGCAGAAGGACGCUGGAUACUAACAGAGUUGCUUCUGAAGCUUUUUAUAAGUCGCUGUCCUGCUAUAUAUCGGUUUUCUUGCGAUGCUACUUGUUUACUAGAGAAAUAUGAUAUUACCUCUUACCCGGGAGCUGAAUCUUGCUUACCACAUAUUCGACGGUUAACUCUUACUGGGAAAAGAUUACGUAAAUAUUUUGAAAAAUUUUCUAUCUGUCAUGGAGUGUGUCAAUUAAAGACGUAUCUACCUAUAUAUGAAUGGGAUACUGAAAAGCAAUGUAGGGAUAUCGAAAAGUUUGAAGCUGAAGCAGAAGGCCUGGUUGAUUUUAUUCAAGCCCAAAAUAAUUUACAAGAUUUGGAACUCCAUGGUGAUUAUUAUGGUCAUGAUACUGGUGGCAGAAUCAUUCAAGCUUUGGAAAGUCAAGCAAAGUCAUUAGUGCGCUUAAAAUUAAGUUAUGUUCGUUUUGAAGGUCACCCACCAUUCUAUGGAAUCGGAGCCUGUAAGAAUUUGGAAAUAUUAGAAUUUGAUGGUUGUGAUGGAUUAACAAGUGAGAUGUGCGCUCCAUUGAUCACUUCAUCAUUAUCUCGAUUAUCACAUCUUAAUAUAUCAAAUUCUGAUCUUCCCGUUGAUAUUGUAUCGGCAUUGGCUAGUAAUGCUAACAUAAGUUUGCGAGAAGUUAUUUUAUGUUCCACACAAAGUUCCGAAUAUUUAGUACAAGUUAUUGAAGCUCUUGUAAGUCAUUGUCCGAAUAUCACCAAAUUUGAAUCAAAUCAAAUUCAUGGUACCAUAGAGAUAUCUGCUAUCUGCUCGCUUUUAAGCAAUUCACAGCAGCUUGAAAGUCUGUCUAUAUAUGGUGCAAGUCUGGAUGCUGAAAAAUUCUUACCUGCGAUAGGACAAUCAAUACCCAGUAGUCUUCGGAGACUUAGUAUUUCAUCUGAAUGGCAGUUUACAACGACCGCUUUUGAAUCAUUUUUGGAACAUUGUAAGGCACCAUUGACCUGGCUGACUCUUUCUGGAUGUGAAUGCAUCACCGACGAAUAUUUGGAGCUCAUAGUACAGUAUUUGGGGAAAACUUUACGACAUCUUGGUGUAUAUCGUGCGGUAUAUACUAGGAUGGAAUCUUUUGAAAAAGUUAGAAAAGUUAUACCAGAAGUUAAUGCUCCCGAGGAGAGUCAUUUAAAGUUUUAUCAAAGGCGUUGUCUACGCGAUGAUUAA